GAUGGUGGAGCGGAGCGCGGAAGCAGUGGAAGCCUAUCAUCGUCACACAUGUUGACAAAAGUAUCGAAGGCCGCACUGUAGCCGCACCCAUGUCGUCACACCGUGUUGGUAUAUGGGGCGUAGCUGGUCCAUAAAGAGUUUGUCUGCAUUUUGUGACUUUACGUCCCAUACCACAAGCGCUACAGAUGUCCAGUGACGGUCAACUUGUGUUCUGUGCUCUUGAAGCUACUUUCGGACUCCGCUGCGGUUGAUGCUCAUCGCCGCAACUGCAGAAGCUCCUCAGACACCUCAGAUGCCAAGGAGACGCCCCAUGCCUCAAUAUCAUUGCGGGAAUGUGAAAAAUCGCGACCUGGGCGUCGAAUCGCCGAUUACUUCAAAGUUUCGGCGCCUGAUGCGAUCGCAUGAGUUCACAUGAACGCAACGGAAUGCUGGUUUCAAUUUUCAAGACCGUACAUCAGCUGAACAUCGAAAGAAAUAGGCCGGUCAAGCCGCCGAUGGUGCACUGGGACGGAAACCAGCGCUGUAGGUACACAGAAGUUGGUCUUCCGUGCACCUGAAGUCGAGUGCGCUCACACAGGUCAGAGACAGCGCAUCAUGAACGGUAGAAUGAAAGCGCCAGGACAGCCGUAUGUUGCCUGAUCCCAUCGCAACAGAAUUAGUUUCUACAUUGCGGACAACAAGAGGAAGUAAACAUGUACACCAAGCAAUGGUGCAUUCUCUGGUUCGUUGCAGUCACCUACAUGAUUGGGCUCACUCUUUUCGGCUGCGGCUUCUUAGGUGUUGUCAAGAAACCGGCGGGACACUCGUCCGCGGAGGAAGUAAAUUACGCUUAUGAGUUAUGUGGAGUGUCUGAAGCCUCCAAGCCGGCGACAGUGGUUGCCCCUAAACCAAAGCUGAAGUUGGUGUUCGUUCUAAUCGACGCACUCCGGUUCGACUUCGUCGCAUCGCGCCCCGACUCCAUGCCCUUCGUCACUUCCUUGCUACGAAGCAACAGAGCGGCACUGUACCGCUGCCAGGGUUACUCGCCAACUGUGACGCUGCCGCGCAUCAAGACGCUGCUGACUGGAACGGUGCCGGGUUUCGGCGACGUUGCGCUCAACCUGAACGCAGCUGCAAUCGGUGAAGACAACUGGGUGUACCAGGCGCGAACCGCAGGUCUUCGCGUCGCCUUUUACGGCGACGACACCUGGCUGAGGAUACUACCGGGUCACUUCAAUCGUCAUGAUGGCACCACGUCUUUCUUCGUCUCGGACUACACCGAGGUCGACCAGAAUGUGUCCCGGCACGUGCCAGACGAGAUGGAGGCUCGCGACUGGGAUAUCCUUAUCCUGCAUUAUUUGGGGCUCGACCACAUCGGCCACUCCCACGGCCCGUCGUCACCGCUCGUCGACCACAAGCUCGCCGAGAUGGACGAUAUUUUGUCUGUGAUAUAUGGGUCGCUAAGCGAGAGAACGGACGAGAACCACCUGAUCUUCGUGACGGGAGACCACGGCAUGACUACAGCUGGAAACCAUGGCGGUAGCUCCGAACUUGAAGUCAUUACUCCACUCAUACUGAUCCCGACUCGUGGAUGGACACUUGGCCGCUGGCAGGCGGCAGCGCCGCAAACAGUGGCUCAGGUUGACGUGGCCCCUACACUCAGCCUUCUCAUGGGUCUUCCUAUACCAAAGGGCAGCUUUGGAAUUGCCGUACCGGCUGUCCUUGCUGCUGCAAACUACACGACUUUGGAGCAGCUGUAUCUCCUACAGUACAAUCUGCAGCAGUUGCUUACUGUGUAUCAAGCAGAGUUUGGAAGCGACGACAAGCUUUUUGCACAGGCUAAGGAAGUCUUAUGCACAUUCCUUGAUGUACCUCACAGCAUCCGGAAUAGCACCGAGAAAGAAGCUGCAGCGAGACAAUCACUACUUCUGAACGUUAUGUCUGACAUUCAGAGUGCCCUUUUAAGUGCCAGUACUGUGGUCGAUAUGACACUUGUGGGAACUGGUGUAUCAGUCUCACUGAAAGGUUCACUAACAUUAUUUAUGUUGAUGUUGUCUAUCGUUCAAGGCUAUAGCCAUCGUAUUCCUCAAAUCCGCCAGACCGCCUUUGUGCUAAGUGCAAUGCUAGCCUUCUUCGAGUACUCCACAUUGUGUGCCUUCUUCCCGUCUAGUCAGAGCUGUAGCAAUGGUACCUGGUCGGGCCUCCUGUCACUGCUCUCUGCCACAGUUACGGCCCUUACAACUUCCUUCUUCUUCUGGCCCUUUUACCGUCUCGAAAUGCCAGAGUUCCCUCACCUCUUCAUUCUUUCGUGCACAGUCCUUCAUGGAAUCAGCUUUGUGUCUUCCAGCUUUAUCGAGGAAGAACACCUUACGUGGUACUUCGUCACAGCGACUGUCGUCUUGAUUCUGUGCUUCUACUACUCUCGUAUCAGUGUGCACAGCCCGCUGCUCACUUUCAGGAAGGGCCUUGGCAUUAUGGCUCUUCUCAGGGUGCUCCGCUCAUGGAACAGUACAGGGGACAAGUGGGCCCAUGUUCCUGACAUAGCCGACUGGCUCGGCGAAAGCAGGAACCGUCACGUGCUGGCGUUUCUCAUUUUUGUGGGUAUCGUGGCAGUCAUCUUGACGUCCGUGCGCCAAGGAAAGCAGUUCUCUUCGUUCCUUCUCUACCUCGCGCUCUUAGACCUGUGCCUAUACAAGAUGAAGCUUAUAUAUUACGGUGACGCCAAAGGCGUUGAAAACUUCUACUGGUACCUGCCCCUCCUGGUGGUCCUUGGCAUCUUCCAGCAGUACCGCUCGGGCAACGUCUGCGACUUUCUGACAGCUGUGAUUCAGUCAUGGAUGCUACUCUGCCUGCUCCUCCAUGUGCCUCAGAAUGUCCCCAUGUUUACACUCGUCAUUGUCCUGGAGAAUGCUGUUAACGAUUUGCUGUGCGAGCUUCCUCUGACUGCAGUCUACCGAGCACUGCUGUACUUCUGGUUUGGCAUGUGCUGUCACUUUCAUCAGGGCAAUUCCAACAAGCUGUCCACCAUCAGUGUUUCAGCCGGUUAUGUCGGAGUGGGUAGUUACAAUCCUUUUCUAGUUGGUCUCCUGAUGGUGUCUCACACCUACAGUAGCCUUAUCUUCUGGUUGCUUAUGUUCUGGAAGCGAUUCACCCAUCCCCAAAAUCAAGACCUUAAGCGGGGCCACAGUAGAACACGGCUAUUGGUGUGUUGCAUGUUCUUGUUGGCAAAGUUUUCUGUCACCGCCUGGUACCUGGCGUUGAUGGUGAUUCAGAGGUAUCAUCUCUUUGUGCUGACUGUGUUCAGCCCAAAGCUCAUAUAUGAAGCAGCACAUGCAGUAGUGGUUUUGCUUAUCACUUUUAUUGCCACUGUGCUGCUUUGUUGAGCUGUCACAGUUACCAUCUGAUGCAUCAAAAGGGUCAGAGUGCCAGCUCUUUAACCACUGUGCUGGCUUCUACUAUUCUAGUCAAUCCUGAAGCAAUAUAGAAUUCAGCGUAUACUAUGCACAUAUAUUUACUUAACUCCCCAGUUACGACUUAUGGUCACAAGGCUCUUGUGGAGUGAUAACGUGAAGAGGUGGUGCUCAUGUAGCCUUAUCAAACCUAUGUGUGUCGACAUAAAUCCAAAUUUUCAUGAAUUCCUUCCUGUCAACUUGUUUGACAGAAACAGAGUUUUCUAAAGACACUAUUAGUUGUUCCAAAUGAUUGUGACUAUUUUUGUUGAAAUUAAGAUCUGUGAGGUAGAAAAUGUGUUGUCUGAGAACCCACUACCAUGAAACAGCAGCACCCAGUGAUUACUCUUAGGCACAGGGAACUGAACUUGAUAUCAGGGUUCUGUAUCAUAAAAUGUUACUACUGUAAUGUAGUUGCACGUAAUGCCUAUGCAAACUGAGAUGUUACACAGAUAGCGAUGACAUGCAUUUUCUCUCGCAAUAUUUUCUUGUUAGUGAUUCUGCCUUGCAUUUGAUAGUUUUAGAAGUCUUUGGAAGGAAAUUAUAUGAAUAAAGGGUUCCUUGAAC